UUAGCGCAUCCUUCGCAGCUUGCCAUCAUAAACGACAUGUCGACUUGCAGUCUCGAGCAUACCUUUGUCUGCUCACUCCAACGCCGAAGUGCCAUCAAACAUGGCCACAUAUACUUCCCAGCAAGACUUUAAGUCCGCAUAUGACACUCUCAAUGCCACUUAUGCCACCCACAAGACCAAAGACAUCCGGUGGCGAAAAUGGCAGCUGAAGCAGCUCUGGUGGUUGAUCGAAGAAAACACAGACGCCAUUGUCAAAGCCUUCGCAGCAGAUCUCAACCGCACUGAAGCCGAAUGCCGCAUGUACGAUGUCGGCGGCGUCAAGAAAGACAUCAAAGAAGCUCUCGACAACAUCGAUACCUGGGCCAAAGGCCAACCCGUGGAAGGGGCUGGUAUCCUGAUGGGAAGAUUCGGCGGAGCCUACUUGAGGAAAGAACCUCUUGGAGUCUGCCUCAUAAUCGGAGCCUGGAAUUUUCCUCUUGUCACACUUCUCGGUCCCGUCGUCCCAGCCAUCGCAGCAGGAAACUGCGUCAUGAUGAAACCUUCCGAAUUAGCAGGAGCAGUCUCCUCACUCCUCGCCGAGCUCGUAUCCAAGUAUAUGGACCCCUCCGCCAUCCGCGUCGCAACAGGCGGAGCAAAGGAAACAGGUUUCAUGCUCGAACAUAAAUGGAACCAUAUCUUCUACACCGGCGGCGCCAAAGUCGGUCGAAUCAUCGCUUCCGCAGCAGCGAAACAUUUGACGCCGACAGUCCUUGAACUCGGUGGACAAGCGCCCGCUAUCGUGACCAAGAGCGCGAACAUCGACCUCGCAGCAAAACGUAUCGCGAAUUUCAAACUCACCAAUGCUGGACAGAUCUGUCUCAACGUUAACCACGUUUUCGUUGAUCCCUCAAUCCACGACGAAUUCGUCUCUCGGUUGCAAUCCUGGUUCAAAGAGAUGCUUAAAGAUGAUUCCUGGCUUGCACAUAUCAUUUCGGAUAAUCAUUAUACUCGCGUCACAGACCUCUUGAGCCGUACGAAUGGCAAGAUUGCUUACGGAGGCGAACACGUUGCUUCCACGAAAUUCGCUCACCCGGCUAUCAUCACGGAUGUCACGACUGAGGAUUCCUUGAUGUCGGAAGAACUCUUCGCGCCUUUUGUUCCCGUCCUCAAGGCCACGACUGAAGAAGCUGUUGCGACAAUCGGUACAAUGCCGCAUCCUUUGGGAUUGUACAUUUUCUCCACAAAGCAGCAGGAGAUUGAUCAUGUGCUUGAUCGCACGACGAGUGGUGGUGUGACGAUCAAUGAUGUCGCUGUCCAUGCCGGUGUCCCUGGGGCGCCAUUUGGUGGUGUUGGCGAGAGCGGGACUGGUGCUUAUCACGGCAAAGCAGGAUUCGAUGCCUUCAGCCAUUCGAGGACAGUAGUCGGGCUGCCAAAUUGGAUGGAUGCGGGUUGGAGGUAUAAUCCGCCGAAGUUGGAGAAUGUGGCCAAGUGGGAUACUGCGAAGGCGACGUGGAAGAAAGGUGAGAAGUUGGAGGAUCAGUCGACUGGUGGGAGUUGGUUGGGCUUGUGGUGAGAUUGAAUUUUGAAGACAUCUGUAAUGAACCUCAGAAGGCGCGACGGUUCAACGGGGAAAUGAUACUUCGUACACCAUCAUCCUACAUCAGACUCGUCCGUCCCCCGAUCUCCGUCCCACCCUGCCCAUCCUGCAUAUCUCCGUUCCUCCCAACCACGAA